GCCAAUGGGCGCGGGGUGGCGAGCGGGCGGGCCUGGAGGCCGGGGGCUCUAGGAGGCGAUCCGGAGGCUGGACAGACGUCCGGCUGCAACGCGGGAAGCGCGUGGCGGGGAUGGCGCUCUCCCGGGCCUGGAAGCAAAUGUCCUGGUUCUACUACCAGUACCUGCUGGUCACGGCGCUCUACAUGCUGGAGCCUUGGGAGCGGACUGUGUUCAAUUCCAUGCUGGUUUCCGUUGUGGGGAUGGCACUGUACACAGGAUAUGUCUUCAUGCCUCAGCACAUCAUGGCGAUAUUACACUACUUUGAAAUUGUACAGUGACAAAGAAGGGACCAGAAUCGAGAGGUUCAGUGUGGAAGAACCACCCUCUGAAGUUGGAAUGAGACUUCAUCAGAUGUCAUAAGAAACUCUACUAGAUGUCAACAUAGCCAACCUAUGAAUAAAAAAGACUAAAAUUCAUGAGUAGAACAGGAAAAUAAUCCUGACUCAUGUGUUGUGUUCUUUAUUUUUAAUUUUAAAAGAGGCUCUUGUAUAGUAGCUUUUGUCUAUUUUAACAUUGUAGUCAUUUGUACUUUGAUAUCAGUAUUUUCCUAACCUUUGUGACUGUUUCAAUAUUAUCCUGUGAAAGCUUUUCUUAAUGUAACUUUGAGUAUAUUUUAAUUGCCUUCUAAACCCAAAGUCAUUAGUUGGGUUUUACUGCUCUUGCUAUUGUAUGGCAUAUAUAUCUGCCUAGAUAUAUUUCUACUCUUGACCAAAGUUUUGUAAGAAACAAUACAAGAUUCGGAGCAGGGGUAUGGGGAGGGAGGGUAUUUUAUUGAGAAUUAUUUAUGAAAGACUUACCUGUAAGUUUGAACUCAGGAGAAGUUUUAGCUAUCAAGCCUCCAUUCUAAGAACUUUUGCUUUAAAACUAUUGAAGAAUUUCUUAACAAGGAAAAGAAAGAUCUUGCUAAAUUUAAAAUAAGGAACAUUUCACCUUUUAAAUAUUUAAUUUUAUGUGGACUCAUUUCCAGAAAACUUUGUUGAUGAUUCUUGUGACAAAAGAUGGUUAAGUAGCAUCAUUAUGUAAUGUUUAUAUGCCAUACAUUUUUAAUAGAAAGUAAAUCAGUUCCUUUGAGGGCCGUUAUUAACAAUGUGCUUUCUUAAAUUUAGUUUCAUGAUUGUAAUGGGUGCUGCAAAUGCAUUUGCACAUUGCACUAAGAUGUGAUGAGAUGAAUUGUUAAAAACUGUAGCAAAAAGAAAUGUAAACUUGGUUAAAAUCCUUUCACUCUUUGUAUUUUUUUUUUAAAGAUUUUUAUUCCUUAAAUGUAAAAUGACUACCUAAUUUUUUGAUGUAAACUCAUUAAAUUCAAAGAGAAAAAUA